AGCUGUCCGUUGUUGACUGCGUGCGCGCGCGCAGAUCAUCUCUUCGUCAGUUAGAAAAUAUUCAACCCUCGCUGCAGUGCAGUCGAAGUCGAAAGCCCGAGUCGAACUCUCUAUUAUACUUACGACGUCGGUGUGUGCAUUCUAUCGGUGUAGUGCAGCACUCGAAGCUAGCGGCUGUAUACGGAAAGGAAAAGGACGGACGAGCGUGUGUAUGAGUGUGUGUUGCAGCCGUACAGUCUCUGUCUCUUUCGCGUACGAGACAAAGACAGAGAGAGAGAGAGAGAGAGAGAGAGAGAGGGGAGGAGAGAGAGAGAGAACGAGCGUUAGAGGCAGUUGAGCAAAGGUGGAGAGAGAAGACUGCGUUUCGCCGACAAACAUGUCACGUCGAUCUAACCCGAGGAGGAGUAAAUAGCCGCCGAGAGUGAGCUGCGAGAAAACGAGGAGGCUGCUGCUGCGGGGGAGGAAGUCAACAACUGCCCGUGUGUGUCUCUGCAAUUUGGUGAUCAAACAAUCUGAGCACAAAACAAGAUGGUGUCCACACGCCAAUCGAGCAACAGCAGUACGCAUGUUGAUGGAUCUACCUUUGUGGAGCUUGGACCAGGUCCAUCGGGCUCAUCACGAAGAAGUCAUCACCAAGCUGGCCUGUCAGCAAGUGUUACAGUAUCCACAGGGGAAAGCAAUUUAUACAUAAAUUUACUGGAUCUACCAGUGGAAAUUUUACAGAAAAUUUUGGGUUAUAUGGAUUACAACACAAUAGCCAAUUUACGUCCAGUAUGUCACCAAAUGGACAAAGUUUGUGGUUCAAUCUUGAGUUCAACAUUUCAACGUUUGCAAACACAGAUGCUCAGUCGUUUUCAGGCUAUAAAAGCACAAAUGCCCAGAAGAGAAUCUGCGAGGCGCAAUCAUCCAUUAGCCUGUGAAUCAGAUAUUAUUGAAACCUUGCACAUGCGACUUACUUUGCUACAAAUGAGCUUUGGGAAACAUAUCGAGAGAAAACACUGUUGCUUCUUUCCAGGCGGGAUUUUGGACGAGGUAUACCGUAUUUUGCAUUACAUCAAGGUGACGCCUAAGCUUGGACGGCCGUACAAAGUAACAGAUGAGCUCUUUGAUCUAAGCACAAUGGCCAUGGAGUUCUUCAAAGAUUCCAUUGAACCGACACUUCCUGAAAUACCUUAUUUCGGAGCUGAAUUUCUCGACCUAGCUGGAACUAUGCUUUCGUCACCACUGAGCGUAUCCGAAGGCAAGGCUCGCGGUGGCAGUCGCGGUGGCGGUAGUGGCAGUGGUGGCGAGGGAUCACCUUCGCGUUCUGGUAACGACGAACCUGGUGGCAGCUGUAGCGGGUUGGCCCUGGAAUCAAACGUGGCAACGCCACCCCAGUCCAACAUGGUGCUGCGCAAACGCAUUCGGAAGAUCAAACAGGGCAUGAAGCGCUACAAUAGUCAGCUCAGUCUCAUGCGCCGAGAGCUCAGGAAUACCAAGGCCAAGAUUGCCGAGCAACAGAAACAGAUGCUCGAGUACGCGACGAGGCUCGACGACAACGACAAGAAGAACGACGAGACCUCCAGAAAGUUUAGCACUCUUCUACAGGUAUUUACAAAGGAAUUAAACAAAUGCAAAACGGAGCUGCAAUAUUGGCGAUCAAAAUCACCAGCGAUACCGGUAUGUUUUGGCUGUGGUCAAUCGAUACCGGUUCCGGCGGAAGAUCUGCAAGCCUUGGCGAAUCAGGGUGUACUGUCUAACGUCGAAGCGAGCGUCAACGAAGGACUCGAUUUCAUUCCCAUAGCUGACAUGGUAGUGCAUAGUCCUACGGAACGAGAAGUUGACGCAAUGCUGGGCACACAAUCACCACCACCAGCACAGCAGCCACAUAAACACCCAGCGCAAUCCAGUAUUAGCUGCACUAGCAGUAGUUGUUCGCCGCCGGUAGAGCCGAUGGCACCGCCACUAUCGGCGGCGCCAAUCACAUUGCCUUUGAUCUCCUCGAAAAGAAAGUCGAGUUCGUCCUGCCUGGAAGAAGAUUCCGUAAAAAAGCCUCGUCGCGCCCUCAAAUCUCGUCAAGCUAAGCGAUCGAAGAUAUAAAAGCGCUACGUACCCCACUUUCUGUCUUUGUCUCUGUCUCCGUCUCCGUCUUUGUCCUUUCCUAUCCUGUGGUAUCUCUGUCCUUUUCUCAUCACUAUCUCUUUUCCACACACUGUCUCCUGUCUGUCUUUAUCCAUCCUUUAUCACCAACAUACCAACACGAUGCUCAUACUUGAAUUUUUCUUUAACACAUCGGGAGCGAGUGCGAUACAAGAAAAGUGUUAUGCCGUUAGCGUAUUGAGAACUCUGGAUUUACUUUAUUAUUCUGCGUUCAUCGGGAUGGGCUUUGCGUUCUCACACACUCACAACUCGCUACCUCUCACUUAUUCUCACUUGUGUGCCUCUCGCCGAGGCGCGCCGUCUAACUUUUUUCUCUCUCAAAGUAGAUCUUACCAUCGAUUUUCGGCAGAGUCUCUUUCGCGUUCUAUCACGGUAACGAGCGGAUGAUCCUAGAAAAGUACAAAAUUCUUUCCCGAAUGUCUGGUGAUUUUCAAUCUCGACUUAUUUAUGGCACUCGUGUGCGCCUAUGCACGUACAGAGAAGUGAAAUAAAGCAAUUUGUACACAUUGUCGUGUCUCUCAUGCGAAACUUGAUGUUUCACGAGGACGCAAUAUUGUUAUUCUUUUUUUUUCUUUAUUAAUCAUUUACACGUAGUUUAUGUUAUGCUUACGUUAGCAGAUUCGGGUAGCUUAUGUUGUAAAAUAAUUAAAUCAAAUGAUUAGUGAUGAAUGAUUCAAUUCUUUAAGAAAUAGCUGUAAAAAUUAAGUUAUUAAUUAAUGAUUGGUGUAAAAACAAAUUUGAUCAUUGCACAGUUGAUGCUUUUGCAUUAUAAUUCAACAAUGAGAUGAAAAAUGAAUUCGAGAGUAAUAGACUUACUUGCAUAUCUUGAUGAAUCUAAAUAAAUUACAUGAAUAUAAUUUUGAAUUUGUGAUUCGCGCAGCUAAGUACUGAUGUACUUAAUAUUUUGUUUGCUGUCUGUGAUUUUAAGCUCUACUGAAUUGGAAUAUUUCGAAUACGAAAUUUUUGACGUUCUGUGAGUUGGUAAAAGUAAAAAUUAUUGAAAUUUAGUUUUUGUUGCCGAAACGCUUUGAGUAUAUUUAUUACACAUUUUGUUCUUAAGCAAAGAUGGCAACGCAUUUUACAUUCUUCUAGUUACUUUUGCUAUUGAAUUGUAUAAAAAAAAAACUUUAAUUGCGAAUUUGCAUGUAAAUAGCAGUUGCUAAGUCAGUGUACGGAGCAGUAAUCAUUAAGCGUUAGCAUCUUCUUUCCAUGUCCCUUGCAAGGAGAACUCAAAAUAAGUUCUGAAACUCAUGAAAAAUCAAAUUAUUUGUAAAGCUAUACUGCUUGCAAAAAUAAUUAUAUUACAAGUUAUGUAUGAACUCUGUACCUGCAUACGCGAGACGUUCGGUGACAAAAAGUAGUGAUGAUCGUGCGACGGGAAAAAUAAAGAAGAAGAAGCAAAACAAAAAAUAAACGAUUCGUUUUAUAUUUUCUGAUGACCCAAAGGGAGAGACGUUGUUCGACGGAUAUUCUAAAUAAAAAAAAAGCCGGUCAUCCGUUUCGACCGCGAGAGCGAUUGCCGAGUACAGCACGCGAUUCUACGUGUACGUAUAAGUAUGCCUGGGAUUAAAUGCGAGUGACUGUAUGUGUACAUGCGAACGGGCGUGUGUAAGUAAUGAAAUAAAUAAAUAAUUAAUUAAUUGAAUAAUUAAAGUAAGUAAUAUUGUCAAAUGAAUGAACUUGUUGAAAUAUAAUCUAUAGUUAGAAAUUUCA